AUGGCCUCAUCCUCUCAGCUCGAAUUUGUGACCGUGGACGUGUUCACGUCCCAGCCAUACGGCGGCAAUCCGCUGGCCAUCGUUCGCAUCCCGCACGACCGGACACUAACUCAGGAACAAAAGCAAACCAUCGCGCGAGAGUUCAACCUAUCAGAGACCACCUUCUUACACGAGAAUGCGGAUGGUGCGACGGAGGACAAAUGGACCGUCGAUAUCUUCAUGACAUCGCAGGAACUACCGUUUGCGGGUCACCCGACCGUAGGCACUGCGUGUUAUGCUUUAGAGAGGACGGCUCGGGAGCGUGGUAUCCACAGCGGCGUCAUGGAAGCGAGCUUCAGCCUUAAAGCCGGAGAUGUUGGAUUGCGGUACGACUGCGGCAAGAUGACGGCAAAGGCUUCCAUUCCUCAUGACGUUCAUAUCCACGAGAAGAGAUACACCAAGGACGAGCUGUUCGCACUACAGCCUCGAUUAGCAGAAGCUCAUCAGGAAGGCAAGGUCGGGGUCAAAGACGACUUUGCUAUUGUCUCAAUUGUCAAAGGUAUGACCUUUGUUCUAGUCGAACUGGAGAGUGAAGAGGCCCUGGGUAUGGUAUCGCUAGCUGGCCAGUCUCUCAAAAUCCAAGGCCUGGAUCAAGGCUGGGACCAGACGUUCAUCGGGACAUAUUUCUUUGUUCGGACGGGAAAAAGCAACGAGGGCGUGACCAGAGUAAGGACCAGGAUGAUCGAGGGUCCAUUGGAAGAUCCGGCCACUGGUAGCGCCGCCAGCGAUUUGGCAGCAUAUCUUUCGUUGACAGCAGGAAGAGAAUCUAAGACGCUCAAGUACGAAAUUAUUCAGGGCGUAGAGAUGGGCAGAAGAAGCGAGAUCUUCAUCGAAGUCGAGAUGACCGAGGACGGAGCUGUAUCGCAGCUGUUUCUCGAAGGCGGCGCGGUGCAGGUAAUGGAGGGCCGAUUGACCAUCUGAGACUAUGGAAGAUGAUAGAUCCGAAAGUACGCGUGUAAGGGAGCUUCAAAUCGUUAAUCAAAGAACCCAACAUCGAGGGUUCACGUUAGAGAAAAUGCAACCUGAGAAGUUUCUGCGGGUGUUGGUUACAGAUGUAGAUCCAUUAUGCCUGAAGACACGUCUUGCCUCAGGCAUGCCGAAUGACCCGCAAACGCCGAACUACAUAGGGAAAUCCUGAUUCCGUAAUCCUCGACAACGCUCGAGGACCGAACGUGUAGCGGGGGUUUGACAUGAGCUGUCUCAGACCGAUUUGCCGGGAGCACGGUCUUUGAAUGUGGGCCAAAGGGGUAUCUUCGCUUGCAGAGUCGAUGGAGCAAGAUGCAGAUCUUCGAGAAUGGGUAUACACAAUUCUGCUAAUGGGUGGAGGAAUGUGCUGACUUCUCGCCUGGGCGCCGCGUUCAUAGUGGAGCUGGUGAGUCGUCUUGACCGGGUGGUAAGACGACUUGGCAAGCAGCG